CAGAGGAGUCUGUUCGCGGAGAGAUAGAAGCUGUCUGUCUGCUGCUCUGCGGUUCAACCCAUCACCGGCGGGGGAGGCUGCACCUUCUGCCGCGGACAGACCUGAACCAGCCGUGCUCGCCUCCGCUGCCCUCCAUAUGGGCUCACCAUGCGUAGGAUACGGGCCAACGCCAUCGCGAUUCUGACCGUUGCGUGGAUCCUGGGGACGUUUUAUUACCUGUGGCAGGACAACAAGCCCCAAUCGACGCCGUCGUCGUCAGCGACGCAGGUUCGUGGCAGGGGCCACGGGCAGAAGGUGAUCCCCGGUCGGCUGGAGAUCCAUCGGGAUGACAGGACCAUCCCCCUGAUUGUGACUCAGCCCCCUCGAGCUGAGCAGCUGGGGCAGCUGCUGGGCAGCUUCGAUGAGAAGGCGUACCUCGCGGCCAAGCAGCUGAAAAUAGGGGAUGACCCAUACAGAGAGCAUGCCUUCAACCUGCAAGAGAGCGACCGGCUGGGCAGCGAGCGAGCCAUCCGAGACACUCGACACUACAGGUGUGCAACACUGAAUUAUGAUGCAGACCUUCCCUCCACAAGCAUCAUCAUCACUUUCCACAAUGAAGCUCGCUCUACCCUCCUUCGCACCAUUAAAAGUGUCCUGAUGCGAAGUCCUCAGUCUCUCAUUCAAGAAAUAAUCCUGAUCGAUGACUUCAGUUCCGACCCUGAGGACUGCCAGCUGCUCUCUCAGAUCCCCAAAGUGCGCUGUCUGAGGAACGGCAGGAGAGAGGGUUUGAUCCGAUCACGUGUGCGAGGAGCCAACACGGCUUCUGCCUCCAUCCUGACCUUCUUGGACAGCCACUGUGAGGUCAACACUGACUGGCUGCAGCCAAUGAUCCAGCGAGUGAAGGAGGAUCAUACAAGAGUUGUCAGCCCCAUCAUUGACGUCAUCAGCCUGGAUAACUUUGCUUACUUGGCUGCUUCUGCUGAUCUGAGAGGAGGCUUUGAUUGGAGUCUUCACUUUAAAUGGGAGCAAAUUCCCAUCGAGCAGAAAAUGGCAAGAACCGACCCCACACAGUCCAUUAGGACUCCGGUCAUUGCUGGUGGGAUCUUCGUCAUGGACAAGAGCUGGUUUAACCACCUGGGCCAGUAUGACACCCACAUGGACAUCUGGGGAGGGGAAAAUUUUGAGCUUUCUUUUCGAGUGUGGAUGUGUGGAGGAAGCCUGGAGAUUCUCCCCUGCAGCCGUGUUGGUCACGUGUUCAGGAAACGGCACCCGUACGACUUCCCAGAGGGUAACGCGCUUACCUACAUUAAGAACACCCGGCGGGCUGCCGAGGUGUGGAUGGACGAAUAUAAGCAAUACUACUACUCUGCACGGCCGUCGGCUCAGGGCAAGGCCUUUGGCAGCAUUGCAGACCGUCUAACACUACGGCGGAAACUGAACUGCAAACCUUUCCGCUGGUACAUGGAAAACGUCUAUCCAGAGCUGAGGGUACCUGAGCAGGAAGCGGUGUCCAGUGUGCUGAAACAAGGCGGCUUGUGUCUGGAGGCCCGUGGGACCGACGGCCUCGUCCUGGCAGAGUGCAGGGGCGUCGGAGCCAACAGGCCACAGUCUCAGAAAUGGGAGCUAAUAGAGCCGCUGAUCCGGCAGCAGGACCUCUGUCUGGCCAUAUCUGCCUUCACAGCAGGGUCAAAGGUCAAGAUGGAGCCCUGCAAUAUAAAAGAGCCUAAACAGAAAUGGAAGCCAAAAGGCCCGGCCCUGCAGCACAUGGUCAGCGGCCUCUGCCUGGACAGCCAGACUCCAACGGGACCUCCAGUCAUCACGCAGUGUCGUCCUCAGAUGGCAAGUCAGUCCUGGGAGCCGCAAAUUAUCACCUGAGGCCCGUUUGGUGGGAAGAGGGGGUAGGGAGGAGCAGAUUCUGGACCCUACCUGCAGAAGGACUCUGAGGGAUCACAUCUGCACACUGUCUGUCGCCUUGCUGAGGGGUGAAAGGAGUGAAAACUGUACUUUUGUAAUAUCAACCUCUGGCUGCUGCUCAUCGUGUCUUGGUGACAAGAGCAUCACUGAAAACAUUUUAAAGGCCUUGUUGCGCAAACCACUCGAGGUCUUCUGUGUACAGUGCUUCAUCCUUUCGAGGAUGCUUCAGUUCCACGUAUUCGAAGCUUUUCACUGAAACAGCUGCACAUUUCACUUUUUCAUUUCUGUUUCUAUUCUGGUUUAAAACUUUGCUUCUGUUUGGAUUAGCAAGGAUUCUAUUGAAAAAGACAAGUGCAAGCUGUACUGUAGCAAAUGUGUUAAGCUGCACAUGACCUGCUCUUUGUCAAAGUCACUGCUUGUCUGAUUGCCUAGUUUUACGCUGAGGCAGGACUGUGAGGACCAGGGCAGCUUUAAAUAUAUAUAUAACCAACAAAAAUCUGAGCUUUUUAUUGCUAAACAGCAGUCUUGAAAGCACCAUGCAAAAGCACUGACAGGAACAUUAUUUAUUCUUUUGCAUGGUCUGACCCAAAGAAUGUUUUCUUUUUCUGUCUCUACUAAGAUUUAUGUAAAUAUUUGAAACAGGUUAUGACUUGUU